GAGGGAGAGGUGGCACCUCAGCAGCUCGGGGAGAGAAGCGACGCCGAGUUGUUGUUUACUUCGCGCACUGAGAGUGAGGAUCCGCGUCCCUCACAGCCUGCACAGCUCCCACGCCCCGCUCCCACGCCUCACGCCAGCCAUGGGCAACAAGAACAAGCAGAACGGUGAGGCAAGGGACACAGACAGCACGCUACCUAAGGACGAGGACGUAGGCGCGGAGGGUGACGAGACCACAGACGACGAGGGAGGCGUGGACACCCCGCCCCCCCAGAAGGACGAAGAAGAACAGGAGGAUGCCCAGAACGAGGAUGGCACUUUUGAGGUUGAGCAGAUUGUGGACAUGGAGUGCCGGCGCAGGUGGAAGUGCCCUGUGAAGUUCCGGGUGCGCUGGGUGGGCUACUCUGAGAAGGAUGACACGUGGCUCCCCGCUUCAGAGCUCAACUGUGAAGACCUCAUCAAUGAGUUUCUGGAAAUUUCAGGAAGAACGUUUGAGUACAAGAAUGCAAUGGCCCCCAAAAAACGUCCAGCAGAAGGUGCAGAGAUGACCAUGCAGACCAGAAAGGCAAUGUGUUUCUCAUACAGUGAACUGGAUGAAGAUCAGGAGGAAGUUAUGCCAGCUGGAACAAGGACACGUAAAGUCAAGGUUAGGGCUGAGCCUAAGCCCCUCAAGCCUGUUCUUCCCAAGAGGAGGCAGCCUUUCGCUACUAAGCCUGUAGGCAGGCCUGCUCUUAAAAAAGAGCCUGAAGAAUAUGAGGUGGAGGCAGUGGUGGACCACAGGGUGCGAGGGAGGUUCACGGAGUACAAGGUGCGGUGGAAGGGAUUUGGACCCAAGGAUGACUCCUGGGUCCCUGAGGCUGAACUUAACUGUGAUCAUCUGCUCAACAAGUACUUCAAGAUUGCAGGACGCAAAGUGGAGGAGUCUUAUGAGGUGCAAGAGAUCAAGGACAUGCGGGAGUUGAAGGGCUGCACUGAAUACAAGGUGCGAUGGAAGGGCUGGAGUGCCAAAUAUGACUCCUGGCUGCCCGAGGAGGAACUCAACUGUCCUGAUCUGUUGAACCGGUUCCAUGCCACUCAUCUCAAAAAUGAGGAGGAGGAGGUGGAAGAGGAAGAAUAUGAGGUGGAGAAGAUCUUGAAUGAGAGGGAAAAGCGAGGCAACAAAGAGUAUCUGGUGCAGUGGAAGAAUAAAGGACCAAAACACAAUUCUUGGGAGCCUGAAGAGAACUUGGAGAACUGCAGAGAUGAAAUUAAGAAAUUCAUUGACUCACAGAAGAAGAAGAAGAAGCCUGCGAAGCCCUUGAAGGAAGUUCGCAAGGGACGAGCGGCAAAAGCAGUUGAAGUAGAGGAAGAGCAAGAGGUAGAAUCACCAGCUCGUUCUCGCAGGACAGGGAAGAAUCGAUCUUAUUCAGAAUUUUAUGACCAGUGAUUAUAUUUUUACAUUACAGUUAAGGUUUGGAUGACUGUUUCAGUAUCAGUGGAUUAAAUUUUUUGUAGCUAACCCUUAUUGCCCUUUAUGGUUAUAUAGUAAGUAUAUAUGAAAACAGUGGAUUACUCACAGGCAUAUUCUUUCAUAGAAUAUUUUUGUUAGAGUGUUACAAUUUAGGUUGGACAUCACUGUCUGUGAUUGGCUGUAUCAGUGGAACAUUAUGCUUUUACAGGGCCCAGUAAACACAGGUUUGUGUGGUCAUAAGGGCUCAAGAGUGUGAAUUUAUCUGUGACGUGUGAAAGAAAUGAAAGGUGAUGGACCUGUAUGGUGUGGAGAAAAGAGAGAGAAUCCAUUUAGGCCUUCUCAAAGUGCUUGUUACUGUGGCCAACAAUGCUGGUCACCAUUCUGUCUCCCUAAAUAACCUGUGUGGCACACAACAAAAGUCUUUAAUUCUUUGAAUUGUCAUAGAUUAUGCAGUCUAUAACUAGGAUGAAACUAAUUAUCUACUGUUUACAAAACUUAACAAUUCUCUGAAAAUAUUUUACCACAUUCUUCUUUCAUUCUCAUUCAUUUCACUCACUGUAAUAUAAAAUUUUUAUAAUUUCAUAUAACAGUUUAUUUAUUGAUUGAUUCUGUAUGAUUUUCAGUGUGUGUGUGUGUGUGUGUGUAUAUAUAUAUAUAUAUAUAUAUAUAUAUAUAUAUAUAUAUAUAUAUAUAUAUAUAUAUAUAUAUAUAUAUAUAUAUAUUUGCAUACCUAUACAUAGUGUUUGUGGUAGAAGAACUUUACCUGUUUGUCACAUAGUGUGUUAAUGCUCAGGUGACAAUGAAGGGAAUAAGUCUUAUCACGCGUCAUCUUUGAGCAAAAGGCUUAACCUGGAUUCUUUUUUGGAGCACAUAAAUGUAAACAGUAUUUUUAUUUUCGUUGAGCAAUAUUUUUCUUGAAUAUCAUUCUUGCCAAGAUAGUUAAUC